AUGGCGUUUGCGCCGGUGCUGGUGCUGCUGGCGACGACGCUGUUGUUGUUGUUGGCGCAGCAAUACGACGGAGCAGUUGUGCACGCUGUGCGCGACUCCUCGAACAAUGUCGUCGAAGUGAUUGCCCCAAACAAAAUGGGCGACGGCAGUCGCGUGUGCGAAGAGGCGCGACUCGCACUCACGCAUACCGACAACAACAACAACAACAACAACAACAACAACAACAACAACAACAACAACGCCCUCUUGAACCUCUACAACGCACACUGUGUGGAACCAUCACAAUCAGGAUCAGACACAUCCACGGAGCAGCCGUUGGGCACGCACAACACCGGCUCUGCUCAAACCAUACCCACCCCAUUGCACCCCAACCAGGAUCGCGAUCACGACGACAAACGCCGGCACCGGCAGCGCGUGCGCAGGGAUGCGCAAGAGCUGCAGGAAACUGCCGCGCCCACGUUUAACGACGGCACAUGCUCCGUCACCGCGCCCCUACCGCCUCCACCCCUGAAGAACUUUGGCGAGUGCCUGUUCUCGGAUCUGGUGCAGGGCAGCUGCGCCACUGCCCAACACCUGCUGGACAGCGCCGCAGUGGCACAGGACGACACUUCCAUGGGCAUCAAGUUCAACCCGGUCCCGAGCCAUUAUCCGGUUGUGGAGGAGCUUGCGGAGAUGGUGGUACGCGGGCAGGCAAGGAACCUGAGUGCCCUCGCCAACCUCAAGGAGCUUGUGCUCUACGGGACGGUGCACCUGCGAGACUUGGAGUGGCUGCUGGAAAUUCGCUGGCCACACGUCGUCCGCCUCAACGCAACGGGCCUCGUCAGCGGCACGCUCGAUCUCUCCUUGUUCCUCGACGUGCCCGACCUGCGGCACCUCAUCCUCGCCGGCAACGAGCUGUACCAGCUGACCAAGGUCAAGGAGAAGCGCCUCCCGUUUGCCUACAACCUCACCUCGCUCGACCUCUCCAACAACGUCCUCACGCGCGUGCCCACCACCAUCUUCAUGGGCCUCACCGCCCUCAAGUCCAUCAGCCUCAACUCCAACCGCAUCAGCGAGCUCGGCGAUAACACCCUGGCCCACGUGCCCUCGCUGCAGUUCCUGCGCCUACGCAACAACAUCAUCACCCACCUCGAAGACCAUGCCUUUGAGAGCCUGUCCCGCCUCCUUGUUCUCGACCUCCGCUUCAACGCCCUCACCUCCAUCUCCAGCAGCCUCUUUGCUGACCUGCACGAGCUGCGGCAUCUGCGCAUCGCCAGAAACAACCGCUACGGCCACACGCUUCUUGAUGGUGCCGGUGAUGACAACAGUGACCAGAACGACCCGCGCCACGUCUCCCCUGAGGAGGCGGACGGCCGCUCCUGCAGUGCAAUGCCUGCAUGCACGCCACCAGACCCUUCACACGCGGCUGUCGGCGAUCAUGUAUUCCUGGAGAAGGGGGCCCUCCAAUCCCUGUCCCGUCUGUGCUUCCUUGACCUGAGCGAGCUACGACUGCGCGUGCUGCACGCCGACACGUUCAGUGCAACAACAUCCCUGCGGAUUCUGCUCCUUGCAGGCAACGAGCUCGGCACAUUGCCACCGGGUAUAUUCAACCGCGCCACUCAGUUGACCACGUUGGCACUCGACCGCAACCGCCUGUCCUGCCUGCCAUCGGGCCUCUUCUCAGACGUGUCUGCCCUGCACCAGCUCGGUCUCAGCAGAAACAGGCUCUCCUGCCUGCCCACCAACCUUUUCCCCGCAUCCGCGAGCCUGGAGCGCCUCGGCCUGGCCAAGAACAGGCUCUUCUCCCUGCCCGGCGACACGGCCGUGACGCUGCGCAACCUCACCUUCCUGCAGCUCGACGAUAACGCGUUUAGCUCGUUUGACUUUGACCUGCCUGCACUCACGGCCCUCCAGCUCUCGGGCAACAUGUUGCUGCGCCAAAUGCCGGUGCUCCGCAACCACCCCCAGCUGGUUGCCUUCCGCAUCGGCCGCCACAGCAUCCCGCACAUCCGCUUCCGCGAGUUUGCGGUGCUGCGGAAGCUGAAGCGCCUGGACAUGUCCCGUCUCGAGCGCGACAACGACGUGACGACGCUCAGCUUUGAGGACGCCGACCCAUCGUCCUUCUCGCAGCUGCAGUCCCUCGACAUCCGCUUCCUGCGGCUUGUUGACGACGCGCCAGGCUUCUUUGGCAAGGGCAUGCUGUACCUGCGCGAGCUGUACAUUGGCAGCCUGCACCUGGAUGAGCACGUGCUCCCGCUGCCGGUCAUCUGCUCCAACCUCGGCGUGCGCGUGCGCGAGUUUGCCAUCGUCGCCUCCAGGUACACCACCAUUGAGCUGUGUAGCGACCACCGCUUCCAGACGGUAUUCCUGCCCCGCAACCCGCACCUCACCACCGUCAUCAGCCAGGGCGCCGUGGGCCACCUCGACCUCCUUGGCGCGAACCUGCUCACCAACCUCAGCGUGAGCUUUGCCAACACGCUGGACAUCAGCCAGACGAGCGUGCCACCGCUGCCAGAGCUGUGCGUGACGCUGGGCAGGAGCAUGCUCUUUGCACGCGGCCUGCUCAGCACGCAGUUCCGCACACGAGAUGCUGUGCCCAUGCUCGCCAGCCGCUGCCUGCAGUCCGUCUCCAUCCUCGACCUCUCCCACAACGGCUGGCUGCGCGACUUCAACUCGCUCAACCGCGCCCUGUCGGAGCAGGUGGUGCUGAGCACGCAGGCAUACCGCACCGCCGACCUUGCUGCCCCUGUCCUGGCGCGCCCAAACCCGCCCGUGUUCAACCUGGACCAGACCCCCGUCAGCUGCCGCGUCGUGCUGGAGACGGCACGCGUGCGCCUGGCCAACCAGCUCCAGACGCCGCUCACUGCCGAGCUUGCGUACAGGUACACGUGCUCGUGCUCUGCGCAGUUUGUGUCGCGGCGCGGGGAGUGUCGCCCGCAGGGCCUGCCCCCGGCGGCUGUGGCCGGCAUUGCAGUUGCGGGCGUGUUCUUUGGGCUGAUGCUUGGGGUUGGGCAGCUGCUGUACCAGCGGUACAAGCGGCACCGGGCGGAGCGGCGGCAGUGGCGGGCGAAGGACGAGCUCAACCAGCAGCUCAUCUCGGAGAAGGACAAGGAGGUGAUGGCGCUGAAGCAGGCAUGGGAGAUUGACUUUGGCGACCUCGACUUUAUCAGCCGCAUCGACGCCAAUUCGCUCGGCACGUACGGGGAGGUGUGGAAGGUGCGCUGGGACUCGCUGACGGUGGCGGUGAAGGUGCUGAAGCAAGGCCUGAUGGUGCUGGACGAGGGAACGGUCGUCGAGUUUCAGAAGGAGGUGGAGUUUCUGCAGAAGACGCGCCACGCACACGUGGUGCGGUUCUUUGGCGCCGGGCAGACGCCGAGCGGGUGCCCCUUCCUUGUGCUUGAGCUGGUUGCGCUCGGCUCACUGCGCGGUCUCCUGAUGAAGGACAUGCUGCCCCUGCUGCAGCUGCAGGAGGUGUCCGACGACAAACAACAACAGCAGCAGCAGCAGCGGCGGCGGCACAGCGUGAUCAGCAGUGGCGGUGGUGAUGGCAAUGAUGAGGAGAGUGCGAGCCUGUUUGUCGUUGACAUGCCCGGUUCAUCGGCCGACUCUGCGUCAUCAUCACAGGACCCGUCCUUCUAUAUGGUGACCAACAACACGGAUGAGAUUGGGGCAAUACAUGUGAACGAGCACACGCGCAUGACGGAGAGCCGUCUCGGGUCCCUGCGGCACACGAAGAAGCAGCGGCAGAGGAAGGUGAACACCGUUGCUGAGCUCAAGUUGCGCCUUGCUCGCGACAUUGCCUGCGGCAUGAAGUACAUCCACUCCCUCGAUCUCGCCCACAGAGACCUGAAGACCGGCAAUGUGCUGGUGUCCCAGACGCUGCGUGCGAAGAUUACGGACUUUGGUUCCAUUCGCGCUUGUUUCGCCAAGAACGCGUCGCCCCAUGCUCGUGCGGGCGUUGCCAGCGGCAGCGUUGGCGGUGCCCAAGAUGAGCUCAACGCACUCACCCGCACAUCACUGGAGAUGAGCAUGACGGCUGGUGUGGGCACACCCCUGUACAUGGCACCGGAGGCGCUGUUGCGGGGCCCUUACGACGCAUUCAAGGCAGAUGUGUUCAGCUUUGGCGUUGUGCUGUGGGAGAUACACACGCAGAAGCGGCCAGACUUGCUGGAGCAGGAGCAGCCAAACCGUGGUGGCCCACCCGGCCGCGCUGUUCUUGACCUCUUGCAGGGCGGCGCCCGUCUCAGCUUUGCUGAACAUGAGGACAACCUUGCCGACUGGUACAAGGACCUGUAUGACCGGUGUGUCAGUGCACAGCCAACGGCGCGCCCGUCCUUUGCUGACAUAUUCGCCUUGUUUGAGCGUCAUGCCAUGACAUCACAAGCACACACCAGCUCAUCUUCCACCUCGGCAUAACAGCGCAGGUUUCAUGCUGCGGUGUUUUGCUCUGCAUAGCGUCCAUCCCACUUGUUUCGUGUUUCCUUGCGCUGGUUGUUGCACGACAAGCCUUGUUUGUGUUUUCAGUUAAUCGUCUGUAUUUGCCUUGCACGCGACCAACCUACUACCAUCUCCUUUGUGCGCUUCACACUGCUUCAUUAUGUAUUCUUCGUUGCGUGCAACGGCGUUUGCUCCACGCACGCCGUUUGAGUUGCUUGCCGCUUCGUGUGCUUCACGCUGCCAACACACACUCACACGCGCAUUUCUGUGCCUAAGCCCCUGUUCUCCCACAUGUACGCGCGUCUUCAUUUGCGUUCACUGUUCUCAUGUGUCCGUUGCUCGUCUUCUUUCGUGACAGCGCCACCAUCCCCAACUGCAUGCAUGCUCCUCGUUUACUGACCUUCUUUCCUUUGGGCUCUUUACUUUGAUUGGUUGAUUGAUUGAUGCGAAAUACGCGAAGUUGAACAUGACGCAUGAGGAAAGAACACAAAGAACCAGA